CCCACAACAUGACCUCUGUGGUAGUCGUCGAUGAUCAAGAUCCACGGAUCCAGUACGAAGGAAACUGGCUGACAGGAGUCAACGCAUCAGAAUACGAAUACGACCGCACGGAGAUGCGCUCAAAUGGCAUGAGCGACACGAUGACUUUCAGUUUCACAGGCAUUUGGGUAUCCGUGUAUGGCACGACCGGGUUUUGUCUCAGCCAGCUGCCCAAAGCGGAGUACGUCAUCGACGGAGGCAGCCCGGUGGUAUAUGAGUCACCAAGCAUGCCUCAGGUAGUGUACCACUACCAGAUGUUCAAGUCAGAUGUCCUGCCGGAUGGUAACCAUACGUUGGUAUUCAACCGCACGGACCCAGACACUACGUGCGACAUAGUGCUCGACUUCAUCCAGUACAUUCCAUCGCCGCAGCAGAAUGAUAUGAGCACACCCUCGAAACACAUUUCUGCAGCAGCACUUGGAGGUGGUCUUGCUGGAGGGAUCUGUGGUGUGAUAUUGUUCGCUGUGAUGGGCUUUCUCUUGCGCCGUUCCCGUCGAGAGAUAUAUCGAAAGCAGGACAUUAUUGACAGUCUGAUCGUAGCACGCGGUUACGAACCUGUGCCUGAUGAUGCGCAGUCCGACAUAUCUGAACCACCACCGUACGUAGCGGAUAGGAGAGUUCGAUUUUAUGGUGUACCUUCAAUCAUAUCAAGAGCAUGAUCACU